AGAGAGAGAGAGAGAGGUAGAGAGAGAGGAUUCCGUUAAGAUCUUGAACUCUUUAGCCACUUCAGAGUUUAGUGAACCAUGGAUUCUCUUACUGAGUUGAUGAACUUCCUGUCAUGAAAUUAUGCCUGCAAAUCUCAUCUGCUUAAUCUUAUCUCUCCUUUUUCUCCUCUGUACAUCUCCUACUGGUUUUCCCUCAUCCCUGCUCUGCCUACAAGACCACCCACCUAAAGAAGAAGCUUCUUCCUCUUCCUUCCCUGAGCUGAACUUAGAGCUCAAGUGCAAUUUUUUCAUGAAAAAGCUUCUCCAUUGCUGUUUCCACAUGUUCCAUUCUUUCCUUGAGCAACAGUUGAGGCGUAUGCGGGUUCUUACCGUUCGGUUCAAGCUUUUUGAGGCUUAAUUCCCCCCUUUUCCUCUCUCUCUAGAAUUUACUUGGUGAUGAAUUCCUCCUGGUCAUUUGGUAUUGCUUGAACAUCUCUCUCUCUGAAACCUUUGUUUGGUAUUGGAUUUGAUCUUAGUGCUUGAACCUCUCUCUCUCUAACCUUUGGUUAGUAGGGAUUUCCUGGUCAUAUGGGCUGGCUUGAAGCCCUCUCCUUUACUCUCUGACCUUUGUUUAGUAAUGGAUUCCUGGUCAUGUCGCGGUUUCCCAACCGCUCUCUAGAAGUUAUAUACAGUGGGGACUUCGUGAUCAUGGUGGGUUUGCCUGAAGCGUCUAUGUCUCUCUGUAACAUUUGUUUGUUAAUGGGUUCCUGGUCAUGUUGCGUUUUCGAACCUCUGUCAUUUUCUCUUUAAAGCCUUUGUACAGUUGGGAUUUCCUGGUCAUGGUGGGACUGCGCGGGCUUCUCUUUCUCUCUUCACCUUUGUUUAGUGAUGGCUUCCUGGUCAUGUGGGGGUGCUUGUUUCCUUGUUUCUCUCUCUAGAACUAUGUUUGGUUGGGGGUCCCCGGUCAUGGGGAGUUGCUUGAAUCUCCCUUUCUCUCACUAAAACCUUUGUAUGGUUCUGGAUUUCUAGUCAUGAGGGGUAGCUUUAGUAAACUGUUGCCAUUCCAGUCAGUUAGAUGGAUGCCUUGCCAUGAGUUUCUAUGCCCUCAGACACGGGUCAUUUUGAGGUUGAAGGGGAAAUCUAAUGGAGUACGAGGCGUUUUUAAGAAGAAAUGGAGCAUGUUGCAGAGAUGGCUCAGUCUCGAUGCUUUGUUUGGAGCGAUCUUUUUAUUCCUUCUUUCUCGUUCACUGCUUGUCGAGAUGAGAUUCAUUCCAUCGUCAUCCAUGUAUCCAACUCUGCAAGUUGAGGACCGAGUUGUUAUUGAAAAGGUUUCAUAUUGGUAUAAGAGCCCUGCUAUAGGUGAUAUAAUAACCUUUACUGCACCUAGGAGUUUACAGGAGAUGGGAUUUAAAGAAGAUAUUUUCAUCAAGAGAAUAGUUGCAAAGGCCGGAGACUGGGUAGAGGUGAAUAAUGGGGUGCUUUACAUCAACGGUGCCGCCCAGUCUGAGGAUUUCAUUGCAGAGCCUUUGGCAUACAAGAUGCAUGCAACAGUGUGUUCCUUGGAACCAUCUUUCCUUGAUCAUUGUCUCCCUCUUGUUGGUUUUCGAAAUUUCUUUUACCCCGCGGACAAGAGCACGUGCUCGAACAACAUUAUGGAGUAGAUGAGGGUUUCCAACAGUCUUUGAAGUGGACGCAGAGAGAGAGAGAGAGAGAGAGAGAGAGAGAGAGAGAGAUAAAGGUUCAUUAACAGUGAUGUGGGAGAGGAGUUAGUGAGUUAGUGGGCUGACUCCAUGUUGUUGACAUAUCUGAGUGCCUCAUGAGCCUCAGGCUGCGCACGGUCUCUCUGCUUCCUCGGUGUGCUCUGAGACCUCUAACCUGCCUUGCUUAUUUGUGCAGUAUGUGCCAAGAGGUUGUGUGUUUGUGAUGGGUGACAAUCGGAACAAUAGCUGUGAUUCCCACAUUUGGUGAGUAGUAAUAAAUGAAGAAGGCCAUACACCAAUGGUUUAUGGUGUAUGGUACAGAAGAGAGCAUCUACCUGUCUGAAGAUAGAUGGUGGAGACCAAUUUUAUCCUGGCAAAUGUCCAAUUAUCUUCACUCCAUUUAAUCUCCGACCUUCCACUGGGGAAAACUGGAACAGAAAAUGCAUGUAGGCUUAGUGCUGGAUAUGGAUCGGCUGGCCCGGUUGGCCUGGCCCUAAAAAUUAGGGCCUGGGCUACCGGGCCUGGGCCAUGACAAGACUGGCCCUACCUGGUCCUAUUUCCUUUGUUUCUCUUCUUUCUUUUCCUUUAUUUGUAUUUGGCCUGACCUAGACCUGAUAAGGCCAGUGCCAAAGGCCUUGGCCAUGGACUUGUUUGGGCUGGACCAGGGGCCAGGCUGGUGCCUAGAUGGGCUCAGGCCGGCCUAUGGAGACUGGGGCCAGGUUAAGACCAAGGCUGCCCCAACCCUUUGCGAGCCCUAUUAGGCUUAAAGCAUCAAGUUGACUGUAGUAUAUGAUCCCUAAAAAUACUAAAGGAUAAGGUAUACCAAAUGGGAGGUUAAAGAGGCAUCCAUACAUCUAUUUCUGAUGAUAGAUAGUUAAGAUUCACUACAGGGUGACCUCCAGAUUAUUCACCUUGGUAUAGUGAAUCCCCAGCUUUUGUAUCAGGAACGCCGAUGAUGGAUGCCCUUGUGGAUUACCUUAUACUGUACACCAUUGGCUUAUUUUAAUCUCAUAUUUGUGUGAUGGAAGGAUAUUCAAGAGAAUUAUACACUCAAAAUGGACCAUAGAAUACUUUUUUCCAUUUGGGGUUUCCACCAUUCAUGAAUAAUGGGGCCCACAAUUAGGAUUCUGUGCAGUUCUGGUGGAUCCUGACCUCCACUAUUCACCAUUCUCUACUGUGGUCUUGUCCUUAAUGGGACAUAAUUGUCCAAGACCAAUGCAUUCUCGGUAUGUAUUCUCAUUCUGUUAUUCAUGUGAAUUCAUUCUUGCCAUGGUUUGGCUUCUUGUAGGGGACCUCUUCCUGUGGAUAACAUUGUCGGGCGACAUGUCAUGUGUUGUGCCAGGCCCUCCUGUGCCUGCCGGCCCUAGGUUCAGAUGGUCUUGCAUGCGCAGGUGAGUGGAGAGGCUGUGAAGACCAUAAAUAUCUAGCUCGCGUUGCUCUCUGCUACUUCCACUCUUGGAUAUGGUUGGUUUUCUAUUCAAAUGUCAGAGAUGUUGUAAGUAUUUUUCAAUUGACUCUUCCAUUUGUAUAUAGAACCAUGAUGAAUGGGUGUGUUGACCUAGAAAACUCUAAACGAAUACUGACUUUCCUUAUAUUCGGUUUAUUCCGAGAAGGAGGGGAUAUGUAGACUGAAGUUUUUGUUGGUUGUUUAAGUUGCAUGUCUGUAUUGUUAGUAUCUUAGCUGGUGGUUGUAUUCAUGGUAUGGUAUCAAGUUUGAUAGUUGAACUGGGUUCCAAAAAAGUGAUUAAUAUCAGGAGCAAUGAAUUGA